AUGGCGGCCACAUCGGCACUGCGGCAUCACAUCCUGCCGCUGGCGGGCCUCACGACAGGCCUAGCUCUCCUACCCAGAACCUCCGCCUACGCCGAAGAGCCACCCUCAGAUCCUAUCAAGCAGAUUCGCCGGAAACCCAUAUACUCCUCCCUGACACCCCCUUCACCGCACGAGAUCUCCGCGACGACACCCCCGCCAGCAUCUGGAGUUACAGACAAGCCUCAAGAGCACGAUGCAAGUCCUAAAGCGCCCUCUCCAACCGAUCGUCUAGCGACACAGGUCAGGAAAAGCCGUUUGUUCCUGCACCGUUACGCUGUUGCGGCGGAGGAUACGGUAAACUCAGGCAUGGACAAAUUCAUGGACGCCGAGCACUCUUUCACCAGCACUAUAGCUUCGCUCGCGCCGCCGAAAGAGAGCAACGAGAAGCUCUUGCCGGGUGGGAUAUAUGUUCUUGUGGCCGCAAUGGCCGGCUCUAUCAUCUCGCGGAACAGGAAUAUCCUGAUUCGCUUCGCGACGCCUAUCAUCACCGGCGUGACUGCGGCACAUUACGUUGUGCCCAGGACAACGCGAAAUGUUGGCGAUUUGGUUUGGAAGUACGAAGAGAAAUACCCUGUGGUCCGCGACAAUCACCUACGCAUCACCGAGGGCGUAAGGCACUUUGUUGAGACGGGCAAAGCACACUCGCAGAUGGGUCUGGCGAUGGCAGAAGAGAGGGUUCAGGGCGUGCGAGAGUCGGUGGAGGACUGGGUGAAGAAGGGGAGAUGA